UCUCCAUACAAAUAUCAAUAUACGUUGACGUUUGGUGAAAUAAAAUACCCCGGCCCAUCAUUACCCUCCAUUAUCACACGGACUCAUCAUGUCGACCGCCGGCAUGCGCUUUUGCAAGGAGUGCAACAACAUGUUGUACCCGAGCCAAGACCGAGAGAUGAAGCAGCUCACGUUCACGUGCCGCAACUGCAGCCACAACGAACGCGUCCCAGAGCACUGCAUUUACGUGAACAAGCUCGUCAAGGAUGCGCGGAAUCAAAUGGAUGUGCUGCCAGAAGACAUUAUCGACGACCCGACGCUCCAGCGAGACUUUGAUGUGACGUGCCCCGUGUGCGGCAACCAAGGCGCAGCCUUUAUUCGAUCGCACGACGGUGUCAAGCAGUCAACGCUGGCACUGAUUUGGAUUUGUUUGAACCGAGACUGCCAGACUGACGACAACGGCAAUCGUCUACCGACCCAUCGCUGGAUGGACGACGCGUUCAGAUAGAGCAGUCCCGACGUAAUCCAUCGUCGGCUCAUCUCUCGUCUCG